UGCUACCUAAACAACUACGGCCAAGAGUAUUGCGACUACAGCCCGUGGCAUGAUUGGGUCCGCUGGGUCGUCCUCGUCGUAAUCGUCGUAGCCUUCCUUCUGGUCUUCAUCCUCUGUUCAUGCCUCACUGCUCGCCGUCGCCGCCGCAUGGGCCAGCAGCCCUACUGGGGCACGGGCUGGGCCGCCCGCAACGGUCAUGGUGAAGCCCAGUUCGUCGGCAACCAGAACUACCACCCGCCUCCCAACGCGCCCGGUUACAACGCUCAGCCCUACUACAACCCGCAGUACAGCCAGCCUGCUCCGCCCUACACGCCUCCUGCCAACGGUUACUACGGCCAGCAGCAGACGGGCUUCGAGAUGGGUACCGUCCCCAACCAACCACCUCCCGCCCAUACAGGUCCUGAGCGCGCUGCCGACGAUGUGUAUGCGCCUCCUCCUGGCCCGCCUCCCCAGAAGGGCGAAAGGAUUAUCUAA